UCAACACUCUGUUCCAGCCGCCUCGCCCCUCUCUGCGUCCUCAAACCCUCCAAUCUCGAAUCACCACUGAUCCCGCCGUGCUCGUUCCCGACACAAGUCUCAGUCGCAGCGCAGAAGCCGCUGAGGCAUCGCCGCCCGCCGUCUUGCUCCUCUACUUCCCCCGCCUUCACCGCGCUCGGUCUUACCCCAGAGUGAAGGCCCUCGGGCGACCACCGCAAGCAUGUCCUGGAAACUCACCAAGAAGCUCAAGGAGACGCAUUUGGCCCCAUUAGCGAACACCUUCAGCCGUUCUUCGUCCACCUCGACCAUAGUCGCCGACAGCACACCAAAGCCUUCGAGUACCGCGAGCAGCGCGACUCUCGUCGAUCCGAAGGACCCCAAUGGCAUCGCUGCGUCUGAAGCGAAUGCUGCCCCUCCUCCGCCCCCCUUGAAGCCAGGUAUUCUCAUAGUAACGCUCUACGAGGGCAAAGGCUUCUCCCUCCCUGCGGGUUCCGAGGCUGCCUUUACCACGAGCGGCCACCACCAAGGCUCGCUCUCCACAGGUGGUUUCUCGGUUGCAGGGUCCAUGAGACCCAAUUCGUCAUCACGAAACCAGGGUGGUGUGGUUGGCUCCUAUUCCAGCAAUCGACCGCAGUCCGCAGCUGGAAGCAUCAACGCGGUGCCUACAAUUCACGGCCGCUACUCUUCCAAAUACCUCCCGUAUGCUCUCGUCGACUUUGAUAAGCAGCAGGUCUUCAUCAACGCCGUGCAAGGUACCCCAGAAAACCCGCUCUGGGCAGGGGGAAACACACAGUACAAAUUCGAUGUCUCGCGGACAACUGAACUGAACAUCUCCCUCUAUAUUCGCAAUCCCUCCGCAGCUCCCAAUGCCGGCAGAAACGACGAUAUUUUCAUUGGCACCUGCAAGGUCAACCCCCGCUUCGAGGAGCAACAGCCGUAUGUGGAGGACCAAAAGCUGAGCAAGAAAGAUAAGGAAAAGGCGGCGGCGGCUCAUGCCGAGUCGGAGCGCGGAAAGGCGCAGGCGGGUGCUGAUUGGGUCAGUCUUGGAUAUGGAACAGGUUCUAUGAGGAUCGGCGUCAACUUUGUCGAGAACCGUCAAGACAAACUGACGAUCGAGGAUUUCGAGUUGCUCAAAGUCGUGGGGAAGGGCAGUUUCGGCAAGGUCAUGCAAGUCCAGAAGCGUGACACACAUCGUAUCUACGCGCUGAAGACCAUCCGCAAGGCCCAUAUCAUCUCGCGCUCCGAAGUCGCACACACUCUUGCGGAGCGAUCAGUCCUCGCCCAGAUCAACAACCCGUUUAUCGUACCACUAAAGUUCUCCUUUCAAUCACCCGAGAAGCUCUAUCUCGUCCUCGCUUUCGUCAAUGGCGGUGAACUGUUCCACCAUCUUCAGAAAGAGCAGCGCUUCGACAUCAACCGAGCUCGAUUCUAUGCCGCAGAACUACUAUGCGCUUUGGAGUGUUUGCACGGAUUCAAUGUCAUUUACCGUGACUUGAAGCCAGAAAACAUUCUUCUGGAUUACACGGGGCAUAUUGCACUCUGUGACUUCGGUCUUUGCAAGCUUGACAUGAAGGACGAAGACAGGACCAACACUUUCUGUGGGACCCCAGAAUAUCUGGCUCCUGAGCUCCUCACAGGUGCUGGAUACACCAAGACUGUCGAUUGGUGGACGCUUGGUGUCCUUUUAUAUGAGAUGUUGACAGGUCUGCCGCCCUUCUACGACGAAAACACCAACGACAUGUACCGGAAGAUUCUCACAGAACCCCUACAUUUCCCUGGACCCGAAAUUGUGCCGCCUGCUGCACGCGAUCUCCUCACUCGACUUCUUGAUAGGAACGCAGAGAAGCGUUUGGGUGCCAAGGGUGCCGCGGAGAUCAAGUCUCACUACUUCUUCCACAGCAUUGACUGGCGGAAGCUCUUGGAGCGCAAAUACGAGCCCAGCUUCAAGCCCAAUGUGGUUGAUCAACGGGACACUGCCAACUUUGAUCGAGAAUUCACAUCCGAGGCGCCCACUGACUCGUACGUGGAUGGACCCAUGUUGUCUCAGACAAUGCAACAGCAAUUCGCGGGCUGGUCAUACAACCGACCAGUCGCCGGUCUCGGAGAUGCCGGCGGGAGUGUCAAGGACCCGUCGUUCGAAGGCGUUUCGGAGAGAUAGACACGGCAUUGUGCACAAGCAAUUCAUCACGAUUCCGACGACAUUCGAGGCGCAGAAGCGGCAGUUUACUAUUCACCAGCCACGCUCGCUGCUGGGCAGUCGUGUACGGGAAGACGAUGUUCACAUCACUCGCUGCGCACCACGUGUGCCUACCGCUGCGUGACUUGAAGCUGCGGACAGUUCUUUUCUUUUCUCUUUUGGGCGGGAUCAAUGGCGGGCAGAUCUUCUUGUUCAUGGCGAGAAUUGGGUUUGGCAUUCUGGCGCCGGUAGCAUCUUGAACACUGCUUUCUUGUAACUAUCAAAUCCAACACAAUACUUAGAG